CGAAUUCUCACGUCUGAAGAGCGGGAGGUAACCGUACCCGUCGCGUCGAUUAGGUCCUUGACAAGAUGUUUUGAUGUAGAUCUGGUUCUGAUGUUCAUAAUUCUUUCAUGAAUUAAACAAAAAACAUUUUUACCGUCCUUUCUGUUCUAUAUAUGGCUGUUAUUUGUUACAUCACAAUUAAUAAUGCAUUUUUCGAUACCGGACACAUUAGAAGUUAAGGAUGACAAUAGUUCUUCUUAUAUUGCCUAUAACUUGCAUGUCAAUGGGGCCUUUCAUUGUACGGUGAGAUACCGCCAGUUAUAUAAUUUGUAUGACCAAUUGCGAAGAGAAUUUGGUCCAAAUAGUCUCCCUCCAUUCCCUCCCAAAAAAUUAUUACCCUUGACUCCUACACAAACAGAAGAAAGAAGAGCGCAGCUAGAAAAAUUUAUUCAGUUGGUUAGUCAAGACCAACGUAUUGCAACAAGCGAUGUAUUCACAGGUUUUCUUUUAUCAGCACAACAAGAGACACAAAAUGCAAAAGAAGAAAUUGUGUCUCUUGAUAUUCAUCUUAUGAACUGGCAAAAAAUCGCUGUUCGAGUUUCUUCCCUUGCUCGCACCUCUACUGUGAUGGAGGCUGUUUGCAGUGCUUUAAAACUGGAUGAAAAAUAUACAUCAUACUUUUGUAUAUAUCUUGUUAGUAAAUGUAACAAUGAUUUAUCUGUGGAGAGGCGGUUGCAAGAUUUUGAGUCUGCUUAUCUUUCUUUGAAAUCAGCUGGUAAUAAUCAUUUCCUGGUUAUACGAAAAAGUUACUGGGAUUCUUCUUAUGAAGAAGAAUUACUGGAGGACAAAGUAUGCCUGAAUCUCUUGUAUGUACAAGCUGUCAGUGAUAUUGAAAGAGGCUGGACUCGAGCUGAUGGUGAAUCCAGGAGGAAACUUGUUGCUUUACAAGCGAGAGGGUCUAAGAAGGAGUAUCUUCAACGGGCAAAGAAUCUGAAAUUUUAUGGCCAUAUUCAAUUUCGUUCUUGUAUUUGUGAUUAUCCUCAGCCUAAUACAACUGUCACAAUUAGUGCAGGUGGAAGGGAUUUAGUCUUUCACCUGGAUUCUGAUCCAGCAUCGGAGAACAAGGCAUAUUUUCGUGUAACAAGGAUCAAAUGCUGGCGAAUAACUACAUCUUUAUCAGAUACCAAUGAUAGUAGCCAUACUUCACCAGCCAAAUUAAAGCUUGAACUUUCAUUUGAAUACCUUAUGAGUAAGGACCAUCUGAGAUGGAUUUGUAUUCGUAGUGAUCAGGCUAUUUUGAUGAGUGUUUGUUUGCAAGGAAUGGUAGAUGAACUUCUGUCUAAAAGGCAUGGUGUUAAAAAUGAAGAAAAAUCUGAAAAAACUAGCCGAAGAGGUUCUUGGAAUUAUAUGAAAAGAGAUGGUAGUAGUCAUCAGAUUUCUUCUAACAUAGGUCGAUCUGUUUCAACUGAUGGAAUUGUUCAGAAUGCCAAUAGAGAAGAAACCAAUAAUAUUAUUGGGCGAUCCAAAGGCCAAGUUCGAAAAAUCACGAAGUUUUCUUCAAAGCAUGGAAUUAAAAAUGGCCCUUCAUCCCCAAAACCUUUAGUUGAAAAUGAUGCAUUUGAAGGAAUUGGAGAUGAUGAUCUGUGAAAAUAAUAUUCCAGUUUUUUUACAUUUUCCAAGAUGCAUUGUCUUAUGCUGUCUAAGUAUGUCCACAGUCAGCAUACUUCAAAGAGGAAGACUAUGAAUUUUUUUAAGGAUUAAAAUACUCACAAGUGAAUCUUGAAAUAUUUUUCUUUUAAAAGUUUUAUAUUAAAAGAAUCCAUUGUUAUACAACUGUAGAAAUCCAACUGUUUUGAGUUGGUUUUAAAUCCAACUUUCUGAACAGUAAUAAUGACGAGUUUAGAGGAACAAUAUUGAGUGUGCAUUGUAUGACACAAGUGCAUUAAUUGUUGUACUUGAGUUAUUUGUUUUAUCCUAAUAUCAGAUUUUUAAUAUCUGUUACUUUUUGUGAGAAAUGCGGAAUUUUAGGUAUUAUAAGUUAAAGAUAGAAAUGUAUGUGCAGUUCUUGAAAUUUUUAGAAUUUUAUUCUUUUAUGUCAUUAUUUAAAAAAGUUAAAAAAUAAGAUUUUUUUAAAUAUUAUUAUUAUUAAGAAAAUUACCUCUAAUGAAUUUUGUGCAGUUCUUUUUAAAAUAUUAGAGUGUUGCCAUUUGAUUUUUUUAAUAAUGAAAUCUUGUAUUAUGUGUUGUCAUCUCGCUAUUUAAUAUUCUUAUUAGAAAAUAUUUUUUAAAAAAAUACUGUCUGUUAUGUUUUAAAGCUUUUUUUAUAAUAAGUGUUUUGGUUUAUACAAAGAAUAGUUUUUGUUUAUUAUUCUUGGUUCAUCUUUUGGGAAAAAAAAAAAAAAUGAACUGAAGAAUUAAGGAUUAAGAAAUAUAAUUUGGGAAAUUCCACUGAGAGAUAAGAGUGAAUAAAAUAAAAAUAAUAGUUAUUGCAAUACAAAUAACUUUUGUUGCAAACUCUGAUUGUGCUGAACUUUCAACUUUUUCUAAUGUGUAUAUUUAGUUUUUAUAUAAAUGUGCUUUAUAUUCUUUGAAGAUAAAGUUGCAUCAAUAUAAUUCCACAAAAUAUCCUUAUAAAUUAACAUGUCACUUUUUUUUUAUCAUUAUCAUAAAGAGUGAAUUUUGUUUAAAACUUUUGAGUGCAAGGUAAUACAUCUUUAUACUAAAAGGAAUCUUUUAUGAGUUCAUAAUGCUAGAUAUUUCUAUAAAAAUAGGGGUAAAUUUACAUCAUCAUAUAAAGAUUUGUAAUUCAAAUCUUGUCUUUAUAUGUGUGCGGUCAGAUAUUUAAAAUAAAAUGAAAGAUUUUUGAAUAAAUAAUUUUGAGGAUGUUUAAAAAAUUAUUGCAUUAUGAAUUAUUUGAUGUGUGAUAGUUAGCAUUUGAUUCAGUCUUGCACAACAAACUAUGCACAAAUGCAAUGGAUAUUGUAUUAAUCCAUUAAAAUACAAAUUUUCCAUCAUUUUUAAAGAUGUUUAAUUUAAAUAUAAUGAAACCUCUCUAAACAUGUGAAAGGAAAAUUAAUCCAUAAAAUGAUGAUUGGCAAACUGCUUCAUGCUUUACUUCAUUUUUAGUUUUUUUAAAAAAAUUCUGUAAUAUUUUUGAAAUAUCAUCUUACAGAUAUUCAUGAUUCCAAUCACAGAAACUUCAAUUCUUUUUUCCUUUGUCUUUCUAUCUAUUCUGUAACAUGAAUAAAUCAUCAAAAAUUUUUUGAAUAUUUUUGAGAAAUAAAGUAGUCUGAAAUAUAGCUAUCGAAUCAUUUAUUUUCUGCCUGAUGUUUUGAGAUAUAAAUUUUAGUGAAAUUUAUUUUCUUAAAAAUUUAUAACAUUAGAGAAAAAUUAUAAGCAGUAUUUAAAAUAACUAAGCAAAUUAUAACUUCAUUCAUUAGUACUUUGUAAAAAGCUUUUAUGUGUUCAAUGCUCUGUUUACUGGAAUUACAUUGUAUUUUGAUUUUUUUAAUUAAAUGAUUUAAUUCUAAGCACUAAUUAUAAAAUAGAAUAUUAGAUAGUGAGAUGUGUGGGUUAUUAUUAAAUAUGAAAAUAUAGCUAUACAUUCCAUUAAAUAUAAUUAAUAAAAGAAUGGUUUUACAAUCAAUUAUUUGUAAAUUACUAAAAAUAAUGACCAAUGGAUUUGUGGAAAACGUCAAAAUGGUUCUUCACAGAUAUCAUGUGAAUGUUUUUAAUAAAAAUUUCUAUCUGUAUGUUUCAAAAGUAAAUAUUGAAAUAUGUGUUGUAACUUGUGUAUUGUAUUCUUUUUCUUUUUUAAUAAAUGAAUCAUAUUUUGUUUUACAUGGCCUUCUCUACUUACGAAACAUACAUGUAUGGAAUAGUUUUGUACAAAACUUUGUUAAAAUCUUUCUCUUUGUAAUAAAGAUACUUUUAAUUUCCCUCAAUAUUUGUAGUGUUCAUUCAUUGUCUUUGCAAAUCAAGCAUCAGACUGUGAUAG